UCAUGGCCACCUCACGCGUUGUCCUCCUUCUCCUCCUUCUCCAUUCAGUUGCAGCUUUGAGGUUCUUUGUCCCGAACACUCAUAAAGCAUUUCUGGGGGGAAAUGUGCAGAUCCCGUGCUCGUUCACCGUGGAUAAACCUCCAGUCGACCGCACGCUGCUUGUGAUAACUUGGUACUUUCAAGGAAAACAAGUCUUAAGAGUCGAUGACAAAUCAGAGACAACAACGAAUCCAAGAUUGUCCUAUGUGGACAGAGCCUGGGACGGGGGCGCCGAUCUGUUAAUUUCAAACCUAGCGCUAUCUGAUGGCGGCCUUUACAAAUGCUCUGUCCUAUACGGCUCACAGAGGAAGGAGGGGGAAGUCCGGCUGGACAUUCAAGCUCCUCCGCAGGUGACAAUCACGGGUAAAACAGUUGUACUGAAUGAUAAGAGCGUCAUGCGCUGCUCCGUCACUGGAUUCUACCCGGUGGACCUUGGUAUUAAAUGGUUCAGGGGCUCGGAGAUGCUGAGGGAUGUCACUACAGAUGAGCCCUGGAGGAACCCAGACAGGACGUACAAUGUGAACAGCUCGGUGACAAUCAUCCCCACCGACGAGGACAGAAAGCUGAACUUCUCAUGUACAGUCCAACAUGAAUCUCUUCAGCAACCUCUCCAAGAAACGUUCCAACUUUUAUAUGGAGCUAUCCCAACUGUGCACAUCCUUCCUCAUGCUUUCAAAAAGAAUGUAGAACAGCCAUUGGUCUGUCACGUCUCUGGGUUUUACCCAGAAUCCAUUGUGGUGAAUUGGUUCUUGAACGGGACAUCUGUGGAUAAAACCGAAACAAGGAGAAUUAACAGCUCAGCCCUGGAAGCUGUCCUCCAAUUCAUGCCAACAGAGGAGAACUGGGGUACGGAGGUCUCCUGUGUGGUGGAACAUGAAACCCUACUACGUCCGGAAGCUAAGAGCCUGAUCAUACUGGGGAAAGAUCUGAAGGCACAUUACAAACUUCUCGUUGUAGCGGUCGCUAUAUUACUGUCUGCUGGAUUAGGAGCUGGGACCAUUUUCUUUUAUGUGUAUAGAUACAGACAGAAACGCCAUCCAAAGCUAAGGAACAUCACACAGGUGACAGACGGCAGCUUCACUUUGAAUGUGGACCAUUUUUACCCCAAAGAAAUCUCAGUCACCUGGGAAAUCUUUCAACCUUCUUCAAGUAAAAACCCACAGAACCUGGAAUCUACAAACGUCAUGCAAGAAAACCCAGAUGGCACUUUUAAUGUGACCAGCACCACUGAAAGCCUCAGAGACAAAGUCAACGCAGGAGAGGAGUAUACCCUGCGUGCUACGGUGACUCACCGGAAACUGAAGCAUCCGUCCUACAAAGAAUGGACGCCUCAUCAGAACAAAGACAACACAUAUUUAAUGUCUUCUCCAGAACUGGGGGAAAUAUUGACACCAAAUCUGACGCUGAACAGCCAGACGCAGCUCCAGUGCACAAUCUCACGUUUUUACCCCGAUAAUCUCACUGUGAACUGGAUUAAGAAAGUAAAGGGUAAUGAGGAAAUAAUGAAGACGUCUGAGAAAUACAAGAUUACACCUCACACGUCACAGAAGCAGCGUGACAAGACAUUUACCUGCACAGCAUGUCUACUGCUCACCCCAUCGCUGGAGGAUCAAGGCGCAGAGAUCAUCUGUAGAGUCGCACAUCCCAGCCUGGAGCAGCCGGCGGAGAGGAGCACAGGACAGAUACAAGUGUGCGUAAAACCUACACUCGACCAUCCCAUACAGCUUUCCAUCAGUGACUCCGGAGAUGUGAUAGCAGCUUUAUCUCUUCUAAAGUUUUAUCCUAAAGACAUAAGCAUCACAUGGAGCGAUGGUCAAUCCCAGGAGAAGAGGCCGUCAGUUGAAUGUGCCGCUGAAAAUCCUGAAGGCACCUUCUCCAUUACUACAAGGUGUACAAUCCCCGGGCAGAGCUUUAACGACGUGGAUUUUAAAAUGAAAGUGACAUGGAAACAUAAAACAAUGGAGCGGGCAGAAAGCAGAGAGAUGUCUGUAAGAGAUGCAGAUUUUCCUUGGCGUCCAAGAAUUGUGGAAAUGACUCCUCUGAUUCUGCAAAUGGGCGAACAGACUGCAGUCACUUGCAAAAUCUCAAUGUUUUUCCCUGAUAACUUGACGGUGAACUGGUACGAGAAGGUUGGGGAAUCUGUAACACAGUGUAUGGAUGGAACUUACAACAUGUCUAAGAAACCGGAGAGAACUGCUGAUACCCUGUGCUCCUGCUCAGCCUCCUUAUCAUUCAUGGCUCAGUCAGAGCCUGAAGACCUCGAAUUUAUCUGCAAAGUUUCACAUCCUAGCCUAAAGGAUCCAAUAGAAUGGAGCACAAAGAAAGCAACGAAGAGGGUGACUCCACAGAUGGUGAAGCCUGUGACUUUAACCCCCGGUGCAUCAGACACAGUGACCUGCUCCAUGAGUUUAUUAAAGUUUUAUCCAUCAAGUAUUAAGAUUACCUGGAAAAAUAUGGCAGAUAAUAAACCAAUCCCUUCAACCAGAAAACUUAUCCAGACGGACGAGGAACAGACCUUUGAUGCUACAAGUGAAUGCACAGUUCCCUGGAAAGAUUUCCGCUCUGGAGUGCGAGUGACUUGGGAGCAUGAAUCCCUGACAUCUCCUCAGCAUCACGACCUCCCUGUAACAGAUCUUCCCUGGCGUCCGGUCUUUGAAGAAAUAGAGAAACCCGUUUUCCAUGUGAACACUGAAGCCAGAUUACAGUGUAAAAUCUCUCAGUACUUUCCAAACGAUCUCACUGUGACCUGGUACAGGAAGACGACAAAAAGUGGAUAUGAAAAGCUAACCGAGGACACUACAACCACAGCAGAGAGACAGCCUGACAACACGUACACCUGUACCUCCAGCCUGGUAGUCAGACCAUCCAUACAAGACCAUGAUGAAGCAGAGAUCAUCUGCACAGUGCAGCAUCCGAGCUCAGAGCAACACGUGGAGAAAUCUACAGGACCAAUACAAGUCUAUGGUGAGUCCUUCUCCAGUAAUUACCAAGUAGAACUGAUACAUCAUUAA